AUGAGUGAGGGUUCAGAUAUCCCAUCGAUAAUUGAGUCGAUCCCGGCACCCCCGAAGAAGAAGAAGGGUAUCAUGAAGUCGAUCGGUCAUGCGCUGUUCGGCAAGAAGAAGAAGAAGGCCGCAAGUCCGUCUUUCGGGACAGCCGACGCCAGUGUCUCGGGUCAGGCCAUGACGGACUAUACUUCGGAAGACGGCGGCCGAGACACGGACGGAGAGGACGACUACCGAAACGACUACCAGAAAGACUACCACCGAGACGACUUGUACCAGAACGUCUACCAAGAUGGCGGCCUUCGCUUCGACCGUCCGGAACAAGGAAUGUUUGCCGGGGAUAGCAGGAGUCCCAUGUUCGGGCAGGAGGGCUCUCCGCUUUCGGAACGCGUGUUCUCUGGGAGGUCGACCUCCGGACACCCACAAUUUGCUGAAGGUGCACCCGAAGGAACCGCCUUAGGCCGAUCCUCCCUGGGCCAGACGUCCUUUGGCCAAGCGUCCUUGGCUGGCGAAGGGGCACCCCCUAUCGGUCAGACACCUUUAGAAGCCAUAUAUGACGACGACCAGCUCCUUGAUAAUCGGGACCACUUACAGGGACCGCUGUUUAAUGUGGACCAGCCAAUCUCCAUUAAGGACGCGAAAAAGAAGUCUGGAAGCAGCGGAUGGUUCAAGGGCGGCAGUGGAAGCAAAAGCAAAGAGAAGAAGAAGGCCGAGAAACGUCUCCAAUACCUCCAGCAGGCAAGGGCGGAUGUUAAUGCUGCCGAGGUUUACGGCCUCAGCAGCGACGCAGUCGUUCUCGCCAGUCCGGAGCUGAUUCAGGCCGAGGAACAGAGGAAAGUCAAUGCCUUGGUGACCGAGACCAAGGAAGGGUUCUUAAGAGCCAUCAAUGAAUUCACCAAGGCGGUAUAUGCGAAGCAUGGAAGGCACUGCAUGUGGAAAGCUGAAAUGAUCAAGGUGAAACACAAUGUACUGAGCAACAAUCAGGCGACCGCCCUACUCCAACAUGUUGUGGAUAAUACCUGGGCACAAAGGCAGGAGUCCGAAGAGAUCGUGGCAGCCAUCGACAUUUAUACCAAACUUGCUAAGGGAGAGUCGUGCACGAUCGACUGGAAGGUUUUGUCUUUCGACGACGCUGCGAGUCUCGCGAAGAUACACAUGCUCAAGGACCAACUAGAGAACUUUGUCCAUCGAAUUUUUGACGAAGACGCCGCUGUUAAAACUCUCGCACACACGUGUGCUAAAUUGAAUUUCGAUGCCGCAGUUGCAGUAGGUUACGAACCUCUCUCCGCCAAUGCGGCCGGGACCAUUGAUUGGGGACCCACUACGACGCCCGGGGAGCUUGUGGACGGUCGCUACGCUGCCGAGCGCGGCUUACCUGACUUACGUGACUAUGCGAACUUGAGAGACGGUUUGACCUUUACUCAGAAGGUUGAUGUUGUUUUGGAUAAGGUAGUUCAGAUGGCCCAGGAGAGUGCUCUUCGUCAGAGCAAUUUAUUGAGCGCUGACUUGGAGAGAUUGUACAGAGACAUGACGGAAAAGAUUUCGAAUUGUUUGGACUACAUUGUUACUCGUCAAGGUAGAGGUAGCAUCACUGCGGCGCCUUUUAAUUCAUUGGAAUUUAAGCUGGGGACCAAUUAUGCGCUGCAUCAACCAAGUAUCAAUUUACCCGGGUAUUCCCCGAGCAGCAGUGACGCGCUAUUUAAUAAGAAAGGGGCAUCGAACGACGAAACGACUCAACUCAUCCGGAGAGUUGCUCUGAGGUCUCGCCCGAGUGGCAAGUGCGCUACCGGAUUGGCGGUCAGUUUCGUGACCCAAGAAUUUUCGGAUUUUGAUCAGUGGCUCAAUGAUUCUUUGCGAUGGCAGACUGUAGAUCUCAGUUUGUCCAAGUCAGUGCGCGACGGACAGACCCGUUUGGAGGCUGUGGCACGCGAGAAGGCUGGGUAUUUGAAGGCCUCAGUGCAAGAGAAGUUGGCGCUCUUGUGGUCUGUGGGUGAGAUCCGGAUAAAGCAGGAGGCGCUGGACGCCGUAGUGGAGCAAAUCGAGGCCCUGGCGUCUUUCGGUGGUCCGGGUAGUGUUGGAGUGAAGCAGACGGAUUAUGAACGAGAGACUAUGGCUCGAGAGGACGCGCUGGGAACAAUGCGGCAGGUGUGGGUUGCUCAGUACAAAGACUACGUGGCAAAACAUGGCGGGUUCAAAACCUCGUUGAAAACCGAACAGGACGUGCGUCAAAUGCACGAAGUCAUUUCGGAGCUGUACCAGACUCUCUGUCGAGACGGGACCGUCAUUGAGGACCUCGAGUUACAAGGCGCUCUCGACUCUCUGGAACAGGAGGUGAAGCAUGCAUCUCAAAAACUGAGUCAGCUCAAGAAAAGCCGACAGUCAGAGGAAACAUCCAUCCGGAAGCAGCUGUCAUCCGCACAGACCAAACGCGAUGCACUCUCGGCCCAGGUCGAGGAGGAGGAGAAGAAGCUCGCCGAUAUGGAGGAACAGAAGAGACAAGGUCUCAGAAUCCAGGAAGAGGUGGACGACCUCAAGGAGAAGAUUGAAGACGCCAAACAGCGCUACAAGGACCUGAAGCAAGAGAUGAAGGCCGGCAAGCUCUUGCAUCGAGACACUAGUGAGCUCGACGUGCUGAGGAAAGAAUUGAGUCGCCAGGAGAAUAACAUCAACAAGGAGCUCGAUCGACACUCGCUCACCGGCGGCAGUGAGCGCCACAAGGGCAAGUGGUUCGGAGGCCUGUUCGAAAAGAAACCGAAAUCGGGCAGCUUGUCGGCGAAGAAUCUGUCUGCACACAACUUAUCUGCGCGGGGGCUGGGACCGUCGGGACUGGCACCGUCGGACUUGGGACAGCCAGAGUUGAGAGAGGAACUGUUUGCGUCCCGCGUCGCCUCGGCUCAGGAGGGCUUUCUGAAGGAUGACGACGCCUCGUCGCCGGACCUGUACUACCUGCCGUCCGGCAGCGCAAGCCUGCCGCCAAAGGGCAGCAGCGCCGUUGACGGGCAUAGUCCCGGCAGCCGCGCUCUGGAGCGUUCGCCGCUGCGGCCUGCGCCGGAUCGGCACGUCCCGCGGCCGAUGGGGAGUCCGCCAGAUAGUUCGGAGAUGGCCACGAGCGGGAGCGUGCUGCUCCCGGGCCUCGCCGGGUCGCAGCCGGGCGGGUCGCAGCCAGGCGGGUCGCAGCCAGGCGGGUCGCAGCCAGGCGGGUCGCAGCAGGCGGAGGGGGUGCUGCGAGACCCGCCGCACUCGCAGCGACCUGAGUACCCGGACUUGACGAGUCCAGAGGAGCGGUUGGGGAGUAAGUACGAGGAGACACGGAGUCUUCAGGAGCAGAAGCGUUGGCAGAGCUACGAGGAAGCACCGCUUUCGCGGCGCCGGAGUCUGGAGGACGGGAGCACCAAGAAGAAGGCGAAGUCCAAGUGGCUCGCGCGACUGGGGCUGGUGGGCCCGGGCAGUCUCAAGGAGCACCCGGACGGCGGCUCGUCCGUAAGCAAGGCGGAGCGCAAGGAGAUGGAGCGGCGCGAGAAGGAGCAGGAGC